UUCUGACUUUUUGCAAAGUAGAGGUGUGAAAACACCCUGCUAAAACAAGGGGGUUUCUUGGCCUUUUAACGCAUGACUCUGCGUUUCCAGUCUGACGCAUUAGCGCGCGAAAGUAUGGGAGGAAAAGCUCAGUGUGACCGCAGCGUUAUACAUCUUCAGAUCGUCAGUCCUCGUUUUCCUCUUGGACUGGGGACUGGUGUGCUACACAGGUGUUGCUCAUUAACACUUAGAGCAGCGGCCUAUAAAUAUGAACCAGUAAAGCCUUAAUACACAGUUGAUAAAGACAGUAAAACCAUGGCUUAUCUAGUUUUUUUUCAGUGCAUGUAAGAUUUUCUUUUAAGUUGAAAGUAAUGCUUCUGAACUUUGGCCUGCUGAUAUCUUAUGUUCCAGACGACUAUAAUCUGAUGUUUGCUAAGACUGUUGUCAUUUGUGAAGGUCAUCUUGGGGUCGUAAAAUGUGGUCCGAUGUCUGGGAUUGUAAUUUUUGAUGCAAACUAUGGACGUACAGACAAUACCACCUGCUUAAGACGUCCACACAGGAGGCACCUUAACACCAACUGCACCUCACCCAACACACUGGAUAUUGUGACAAAAAGUUGUGCAGGAAGGCAUUGCAUCCUGGCUGCCUCCAACGAUGUCUUCUCUGAUCCGUGUAUUGGCACACGCAAGUACCUGAAGGUCGUGUUUGGUUGUGCUGGAUAUGAUCGCUGAUCUCUUUUGUGGUUCUAGAUUUCAAUUGUGAGCAUCUCUUCAACCACUGGCUCUUUCAAUGCAUUAAGACAUCUUUUGAAGACUAACCAUGUUUGUUACAAAUGGCUAUAAUGUUUAUUCUAGUUGACAGACCAUGUUCUGGAUUUAUUUAUUUAUUUUUUUUCUUUACUGUGGCUGUUCCUAUUGUCAUGGUCUUGGGAGGUUGCUUUCAAUAAAUCCUCUUAAUG